CGCGCUCCCUCCCGCUCGUGCACCCUCCUCUCAUCGGGGACGUGCUUCCAUGCGCGUUCACGUUGUGUAUCCAGUGAGAGAGGGAGAGAGACAAUUCAUCAUCACAGUCCAUUCAAUUUCUACCAGACGCUGACCUAUUCAGAGCUACAGCAAUGGCCUCCGGUGUGAAAGUCACAGAUGAAGUUAUCGCAGUCUUCAAUGACAUGAAGGUGCGUAAGGCACAGGCAAAUGAGGAUGAGAAGAGGAAGAGGAAGAAGGCCAUUCUGUUCUGCCUGAGCAAGGACCUCAAGAACAUUGUCCUGGAUGACGGUAAAGAGAUCCUCCUGGGCGACCUGGGAACCACCGUCCAGGACCCAUACCAGCACUUUGUGAAGAUGCUGCCCCCAGACGACUGCCGCUACGCCCUGUAUGACGCCACCUAUGAGACCAAAGAAACAAAGAAGGAGGACCUGGUCUUCAUCUUCUGGGCUCCAGAUAGUGCUCCUUUGAAGAGCAAGAUGAUCUAUGCCAGCUCAAAAGAUGCUAUCAAGAGGAAAUUUGAAGGAAUUAAGCACGAGUGGCAGGUGAACGGUUUGGAGGACCUCAAAGACCGGCACACCCUGGCAGAAAAGCUCGGUGGCUCAUCAGUAGUCAGCCUGGAAGGAUCCCCUAUAUAACUACCACUCCCCCCCUUGUCUCCGGCUUCGACUGAGGCCUUUCAGACACAUCUGUUGGGUUUAGCUGUUCAUUCCAGUGUGGUGUGGAGAAGGGCACAAGCCGAACCAGCAUCAUUCGUGGGACUCUUGGGGAGGGAUAUUGUGGGUGGGUUUUGGGUCCAGUGACAGUUAAAAGAAAAGAAAAAAAAAAACAAGCAGACUGUCAUUUCAGUUCAUGCAACAUAAUGAUUACGAACAAAACACACACAAAGGAAAAACAUUAAGAUACAACUGAGGAAGGAUGAUGACGAUAAAACUUAAGUACACAUAUUGUUCAUGACAGGGUUUUGUUCUUUCCGGGUUCCAUUUGAGAGAUUGCAGAGAAAGGGACAACGUUUAGUUUUCCAACCAUUGACUCCUGACAAAUAAUUGUUCCAACUACAUUUAAUUUUUUUUUUUUUUUUUGCCAAACUUCUAGUUAAGUUUUGUAAGUGUGUGUAGUUGAGACUAGAUGUAGUAUGAACUAAUUCAAUCUUGAUUGCACAACAUGUAUCAAAACCUUCUCUGGGGGAGCACGGUUAUUAAAUAUAUAUAUAUUUUCUUUGUUUUGUUAUUCCAUUGUUUUUUUUUUUUCUUUUCUUUUUGAACAUGCAAAUUCCAAAACUUGAGUGAUUCCUUUUUAUUUUCCAGUUCUGGGUCAGAAAACAAUUGAUGUAGUAAAACACAACAUUCCUUGUACUUGUUAAAAACCAGGAUUUAAAAACUUUGGUGUUAUGAAGGUCUGAUGGGGAGCGAUGUGUAUAUGAAGGACCAGCGGUCAGAGUUUAGACUGAAUAUUGAAUGGUGGAUGUUUUGUAUCGUCUCCUUAUCUCUAAUAAAAAGCACUAAACUACUGA